AUGUCGUUCAUGAACAUUGCAGGAACCCAGCCGGUCGAUGACCCCGAGUACCGCUACAAGAUGCCGCGUCUUCAAGCCAAAAUUGAGGGCCGCGGUAACGGCAUCAAGACUCUGGUUGUCAACUGCGCUGACAUUGCCACGUCGCUGCACCGCUCGACCGCCGAGGUGUGCAAGUUCUUCGGCUGCGAGCUCGGUGCUCAGUCCAAGUACGAUGAGAAGACGGACCGUGCCAUUGUGAACGGAGCCUUCGAGGCUGGCAUGAUGCAGCAGCACCUGUCCAAGUACAUCGAGGGCUUCGUGCUGUGCCCGGGCUGCCGUCUUCCCGAGACCAAGUACAAGUUCAAGGGCCAGCUGAUCUUCCACAAGUGCUACGCCUGUGGUGCUGUGGAGCCCGUGGACAUGAACCACAAGCUCACGACCUUCAUCUUCAAGGAACACACCGCCGCUAAGCGUGGAAGCAAGGAUGAGAAGAAGAAGAAGGACAAAAAGGAGAAGAAGGAAAAGAAGGACAAGAAGUCCCACGAUGAGCCUGAGGACGAGUCUGCGACCAAGGAAAAGAAAGAGAAGAAGGAGAAGAAGGACAAAAAGGAGAAGAAAGACAAGAAGGACAAGAAGGAUAAGAAGGACAAGAAGAAAAAACACCACAAGGAGAAGAACUCGGAUAAGGAGUCGGGCGACGACGAGGACGACGAGGUGGUGUGGCACACGGACCUGUCCGCCGAGGCUGUUGCGGCUCGUGCUGCUGAGGCCGAGGCUAUCGAGGCCGCUGCCGCUGCUGCUAUGGAGGCUUCUGCCGCCGAGGAGGUCGUGGCUACGCUGGACAACCUGCAGGUGGACGACGAGAAUGCCCUGGAUUCGGCCGUUGCGAACCUGCAGCGAUUCCUGAAGGAGAGCCACUCGGAGUCUGAGAUCUUCGAGGAGCUGUGCCGUCAGCAGACGUACUCGGCGCUUCCUGUCACUGACCGUCUUGUCAUUUUCUUCCGCUCCGCCUUCACAAAGGAGGUGCUCUCGAGCAACCAGGUUGCCAAGUUUGCGCCUGUGCUCGAGAAGAUCAUCGACGCCCAGCACGCGCAGUACCAGCUGCUUGCUCUGACUGAGCACUUCUGCGCAGUUGAGCAUUCGGAGCUCUUGACCUCGUACCCUAUCCUUCUGAAGCUUCUGUACGACGAGGACCUGCUGGAGGAGGAGUGCCUAGUGGCCUGGGCCAACAACGGUGUCCGCAAGGAGUACGCGCACUGGGCUGUCACUGACGAGCUUGCUGCUAAGCUGAAGACCUUGCUGCAGCCCUUCAUCGAGUGGCUGGAGAACGCCGAGGAGGAGAGCGAGGAUGAGAGCGACGACGAGUAACUUUCUACCCCGAAGCUGUUGGAGCUGCUGUGUGCCCCUGUGCACUGAGGUUAGCUACCAACCCAGCGCUGCAUAUCUUUCCGUUCAUAUCACAUUCCUGCCAACCUUAUUGAUCUGAGAAGCUCACCAUGCAUGUGGACUGAUCGAGACGCUGAGGGAAACGAAUCAAAUAUGCAUUCUACUACUUUG